AUGGGAAAUCAAUUAGAAAAAGAUUAUACCAUCAGCGAGAAGCCUUUUGCAACAGGUGGACCCAUGUCGUUAUGGAGAAUACACACCGGAACACAUAGACAAACAAGAGAAGAGGUCUCUGUGUUUUGCUGUUCUUUCAAGGAUAUUGAAACGGUCUAUGGAAAGAAUAACGUUCAGCAAGUGAUUAAUCACUUCAAGAUGGAGAGUCAAACACUACAAAAACUUCGGCAUCCACUUAUACUUUCUCCGCAACAACAAUUCUUUGAAACAAAAACACAAUUAGCCAUGAUUACGGAACCUGUAUUAGGUUCAGUUAGCAAUUUACUGUUCAAAAAUUAUACACAUAUUCCCGAAGUGUUACCAAUGAUGAAGAAUUUUAAUUUGAGCAAAUUGGAAAUUAAAUACGGAAUGUGUCAAGUGAUGGAAGCAUUAACGUUUUGUCACCAAAAUGCCAAGCUUACCCAUGCAGGUCUUCAUCCACACAAUAUUUACAUCACAGUUGAUGGCCAUUGGAAAAUUAGCGGAUUUCAGUUUUCCUUCUAUUCACAGGGAGCACCAACAUCAGAGGGAGGUAAUACAACACCAACACUGUUCCGAAGAAAUUUCUCAAAGCGAGAUUUCCUUCCUUCACUUGACUUUACUGCACCGGAAUAUGUUCUAGAGCAAAGUCCUGGCUAUGCUUCAGAUAUUUUCUCUUUUGCAUUGAUUUACCUGCAACUGAUCAUGGAGAAACAAUAUUCGAUUCUAGAAACGGAACAAGAUAUCAACGCCUAUACAAACAGUGUUUCCAGACUGAAUGAAGUAGUUCGAAAUUUGAGAGUUUCUCAAGAAAUUCGUGAGUCCUUGCUGACCUCUUGCUCCAUAAAACCUCAAGAAAGACCAACUUCACAUUUCCUACUUUCAAAUUGUGAGCUUUUAUUCGGAAAUGAAGUCAAGGCAUUGAGGUAUCUGGCAAAUAUGGAAAUGAGAGAACCAGUUAAAAAAGCUCAGUUUUUAUCGUCUCUGACUCCCAUGCUAAAAGCACCAAAACCACAUCAAUUGGUCAAUGGUGUAGAAGACACCUCAACAGAAGAAGGAUUCUCUAACAGUAUAAUAUUUUCUAAAGUGUUACCUCCAUUGUUAAAAGAAUGCACAGACGUUAAAAUGCUCCUUUAUGCACUUCCUAAUGUACUCGCAUUGAGUGAGAGAAUGACAACAAAAGAAUUCAGCAAGCAAGUAAUGCCUACUCUAUCCAAGGUUGCCUUGGUUCAAGCAUCUAAUGUAAAAAUACCAUUGAAGUUGUUGGAGAAUUUUAAUUUAAUGUGGGACAAGACAACUGAUGAUGACCACAUGAAAGAAUUGACUCCAUUUUUAAUUCGUUGCCUUGACAGCAAGUUUCCUGAUGUACAAAAUGAGGCAUUGAAAAGAUGUGAAGAAUGUCUGAACAGUGAAAGAAUAUCCUACCCAGAGUUUAAAUCCACUCUUCUUCCUCAAAUUGAAAUUAUUUGCCACAACACGACAAACCAAAGCGUAUCUCUUGCUCCACUGUUUGCAGCCGAUAGAUCUGGAGCUCAACUUUCAGCAGCUCUUCUCAUGACAUGUGUUGGAGUGUAUCUUAAAAUUUCGAAACAUCUCCAAAAAAUUGACGAUCCUUCACUAGGAAAGAUUAUUGCCACCAGAAUUAUUCCAUCAAUUUCACCGAUUGCCAUGCAGACCUCUCUCAAUGUGGAACAAUUCACAAAAUACAUGAAAGCAAUGAAAAGCAUGAUAGAAAUGAUGGAGAACAUACGAUAUGAAGAAUUUCGUGAAAACGACCCAGAGGCAAAUAUUCCAGAUUCAAGUGUCACAGCCUUUUCGCAACAGCCCGUGUCAACGUUUAGCCAACCACCGUCAUCAGCCUCUUCAUUCACAUCCACACUCACACCAACGUCUUCAUUCCACUCAACAGAAAAUCCAAUUCAAAAGAUAUUGAAAGAGCCAGUACCUGUAAUUGAUCAAAAAUCGUAUUUCUUGGAUGACGAAGAAAAAGAAAAGUUAUUAAGACAAAAAGAAGAAGAAGAAAGACUAAGACAGGAAGAAGAAGAGAAACAACGAGCAUUUUUAGAAAAUCAAAAAUUAUUUGACGCUUUAAUGAACAAACAUUGGUCUGAUAUUCCAGAAUCUCCAAAGAAACUUCCAUCCCCCAAGCUUAAAACCACAGCUGAUAUUGACUUUGAUCGAUUACAGCAGAAAAUGAUUAGCUCAGGUCUCGAUGACGAGGAAGUAUCAUUACCUCAAAAGGUAAUCAAAUCGCCAUCACCAGUGCUUGAUACUAGCAACGUCACGGCUCCAUCAAUCACAAAAACACCAAGUCCAAAAACAAACAUCAUAGAAACUACUUUUCCAACUAAGGCUGUUGGUGGAUUCGACGAAAUGCUUUCCAGAUUUGAUGCAGGCAGCGAUGAUGAAGAAGAAAUACCACCAAGAAAGUUAACACCAUCGUCUUCUGGAUUGAAUUCAACAACAGUUGGUUCCUCUCAACCUAUUUCCACAACUGUUUCAUCACAACUUCCUUCUUUCGAUGACGAUCUUAGUCCUGUCAUGCAAAGCAUGGAAAGUAGAGCCACCGUUUUUUCAUCCAGAAAACCAAUUUUACCAGCCAUUGGAGAAACUAGAGAUCCAACGGACGACUUUGAUUCCUUACUAGCCCAACACAUGUCAGAUGAUGAAGAGUAA